CGUCGCUAGCAAUAAUUAUUGCAUGCAUAUGCAGCAGGCAGGACUGAGCAGAGGAGUAUUCUAACUUUGCCAGCGUUCAGAGACUUUUCUCUCAGGAUUGGUGUGAGCUAUCUGUGACUCUGAAGCUGCUUGGAACAGGUACCAUGGCUGCCACCCACCCUCGCUCCCGCUACACUCGUCCCCUCAAGGCUACCCACACCUUCAUCAGUGGUGCUCAGACAUCUUGCAAUAGAGGGCAAGCUACUAGUUCCCCUGGCGGACACGCUCUGUGCUCAUCACUACCCACAUCUCCGAGUGGGUCCGCUGUUGGUGGAGGUCGAAGAGAAAUCAACUCUCCAGAGAGACGAAAUCAACUCUCCAAAGAAGAAGGGACAGUCUCCAAUCCCCGGCGUUCCAGUUCCAUGGGCUCUCUCUCGGACCCUGACCCCUACUGGGCCAUGUCCACCACUGCACUCAAGAGUGAGGGUGAAGGAGGUAACUCAGUGGUGACGGGAUUGUCCCACAAACGCUCAAAUUCUCUCUCCUCUGCCGAUCACAUCUCACAGAGUGGUGGCGGUAGAACAGACCACUCUUCGAAGGUGCACACAUGUAUGAGUAUAGAGGGACUCAACCAGGAGGUCUCGUGGGUGCUCGAGGGAGAGCCUAGUAUGAUGAGUCAACACCCUGACGGUCACAUUGCUCCAGUUGGACACCUCAUGACACACCUCUCAAUGGGGGGCACGCCUCCACACCAUCACACUCUCCCCUUGUCACAGUCACCCUACCCCACACCACACACAGCCUCACACCAUCACAACUCAGAGCAUUCAGCAGACCCAAUCACAGGUAACCAGACACUGUCACAGUCCAGAGGUAGCCCGGCAACACUUGACUAUAUCCACCACCAUCCCUCCUCACCCAAACCGUCAUUUGCUAGGGAACCACCUGACGGAGCAGAGCGCUGUGUCAUACGACAAGAAACUAGAUUAUAUUCAACUGACUUUAUUCAAAAAGGACCUGACAGAUCAAAGGCUAACAUCAUCUUUAAGGGCACAGUAUUUGCCCCUCUACUGACCACCCCUUCAAUGCCCGUCAGUGGAAUACAGUGCUAGCCAGGACAUUUGGACUCUGUAUAUAGAUAUCGAUACUUUAUCCCAUAAUUUAUGAUUUUAUCUUAGCAAUGUCUUGUACUUAUUCCUCUGUUUAUCUACAUUUUCAACA